AUGCCCUCUUCCCGCCUAUUCUCCUUUCCUCUCCUUCUCCCGUCGCGCUCCCUCCAUGCGACGCCCGCAUUCCGAACCCAUCUCCCCUGUCUCCACUCCAACAACGCCCAAGACCCCGAGCUCCACCUCCUCCGAUGCCUCUGCCGCCGCGACCUCGCCGAGGCCCACCGCCUCCUCGACGAGACACCCAGCGUCGUCCGCUGGACCGCCGCCCUCUCCCGCUUCGCCCGCGAUGGCUUCCUCGACGAGGCCCGCACCCUCUUCGACCUCAUGCCCCGCCGCAACCUCGUCACCUGGAACGCCCUCAUCUCCGCCUACGCCCGCGUGGGCCACCACCCCGCCGCCCUCGACCUCUUCCGCCGCAUGCCCGCCCGCAACGUUCUCUCGUACACCUCCCUCCUCUCCGCCCUCACCCGUGCCGGCCGCACCCACGAAGCUCUCUCCCUCUUCCACUCCAUGCCUGACCGCAACGCCAUCUCGUACAAUGCCAUGAUUGCCGGCCUGGUACGGAACGGCAACCUAGAAGUUGCCCAAAGGCUGUUCGACGAAAUGCCCCACCGGACCGCCGCGUCCUGGAACGCCCUCCUAGCUGGCUACGCCGAGAGAGGGCGGAUGGCGGAGGCGCGGGGGCUCUUCGUCGCCAUGGGCGCCUCCGCCGACGUGGUGUCGUGGACCACAAUGAUUGCCGGUUACGCUCGGGCCGGCGACGUCCGGGAGGCGUACGAUCUCUUUCGGACGAUGAUCCCGGCGCGAAACGUCGUCUCUUGGACAGCCAUGAUCGGAGGCUUCGCGUGGAACGGGCACCACGAGGAGGCUCUCCUGCUGUUCCUCGAUAUGAACCGGACGGCCGCCGUGAAGCCCAACGGCGAGACCAUCGUGUCCCUGAUCUUCGCCUGCGCCGGCUUGGGAUAUCCUCGCGUCGGGAAACAGGUCCACGCUCACGCCGUUGCCCACGGAAUGGAUGGUGACGAUGGAAGGAUAUCGAAGGGCUUGAUCCGCAUGUACUCUCGGUUCGGGACCAUGGAUUGGGCUCACCGUAUCUUUAAUCAGAAUAUCCGUAGGGGCGAUGCGGUGUGCUGGAACUCCAUGAUCGAGGGGUACAUCAAGAUCGGACGGCUAGAGGAGGCCCGGCGGCUGUUCGACGCGAUCACCGUCGAUCCGGAGGGGUUCACGUGGGUGACGAUGGUCGUAACGUGGACCACGAUGGUUGCCGCCUACUUCGACGCCGGGGACGUCGCGGAAGCGCGUCGGCUGUUCGAUCUCAUGCCCGAGCGCGACGCCACCGCGUGGACGGCCGUGAUCUCGGGGCUGGUCCAGAACGAGAUGAUCCCGGAGGCAUUCGAGGCGUUUGGGGAGAUGAGGUCCACCGGGUGUGCCCCGGUGGACCACGCGCUGGCCUCGCUCCUGGGAGCCGUUGGAUCGGUGGCGCAUCUGGAGAUCGGUGAGCAGAUGCACGGGCUAGUAACGAAGACCCGGCCCGACUGCGGACCCGGAUCCGAUACGGUGCUGUGCAACGCGCUCGUGGCGAUGUACGCAAAGAGCGGCGACGUGGAGGCGGCGAGGAGGGUGUUCCACGGGAUGGUGACGCGUGACGUGGUGACGUGGAACGGGAUUAUAAUGGGGAUGGCCCACCACGGUCGGGCCCACGAGGCGUUGCAGAUGUUCGACGCGAUGCAGAGGGAAGGGGUGGGACUGGACAGGGUCACGGGCCUGGGGGUUCUGACGGCGUGCGGGCACGCAGGGCUGGUGGACCGGGGGAUGGAGGUGUUCCGGUUUAUGGUGGACCGGGUUGGGUGGGCAGUCGGCCCGGAGCACUACGCGAGCGUGGUGGAUAUGUUAGGCCGGGCCGGGCGGUUCGAGGAGGCGGAGCGGUUCGCGAGGGAAAUGCCGGUCGAGCUGGGGAUGGAGGUGUGGGGGACGCUGCUGGGCACGUGCGGGAUGAAGUGGGUGAGAGGAGUGGGGGAGAGGGCGGCGAGGAGGGUGUUGGAGAUGGAUCCCAUGAACGGUGCGGCGCACGUGGCGUUGUGCCACGUGUAUGCGGGGAGGGGCGAAUACACGGAGGAGUGGGAGGUGAGGAAGGAGAUGGGAAGGAAAGGGGUGAGGAAGAGGGCCGGGUGCAGCUGGAUCGGGGUGAGGGGGAUUGCACACGUGUUCCUCUGUGGUGAUAGAUCGCACCCGCGGACGGAUGAGAUUUACGCCCUCCUGACUGGGGACAAUUGGAAGGGCUGA